AGCAGCGGAGAUCCUCCGGUAUUUACCAAAAGCUGUGUAUCCUGUUCCUUGUGGUGACAUUUUCCUUUCGUCGGAUCUGCGGGUAUCUCUUCUUAAAGGACAAACGCACGAGUUCAUCGGACAGCCUUACUAGUCAGAGAAUCCAGAAAUGCAAGGCGCAGGGGCAGGAAAAAUGGACCCGAACAGGCAGUCAACUCUUGAGAAGGCCAUUUUCCAGCUUCUCUACGCCAUGACCAAAGGUGCUGAGUUCUCACCGGCCAUCGGAGUUAUUCAUCAGCUUGUAGAAGACAUGCAAUUCUUAGUUGUCCCAUGGGAUUCAAGAACGCUCAUCAAGUACGCUCCAAGAUGGCUGGAUUACGUCUUCGACCCCUUCCGAUGGGCUACCCACAACUAUCUAUAUCUGAGAGUGGUCCUUUGGAUUUUAUUUGCUGGAGUGAUGAUGACGUUUCUCAUGGUUGGUGUUGUUGCCGCACAGUUCAAAAAAGGGUCAUUCAAGUGGAUCUGGCCGCUCGUUCUUCUCCGCUAUUCGUCAACAUUGAUCUCAACAGUCCUUUUCCAGCCCAUCGUAGAAAUCUUCGUCGUAACUGUUUACUGCCGGAGUGAUCCUGCGACAGGCAAUCUCAUCGUAGGCGACAUGACCGAGGUCGCUUGCUUUUCUGCGGAGCAUUUGCCCAUGUUUGUCUCGGCUUGUCUUGGAAUAAUUCUGAUCGUGCCUUUCGGUGCUUUGAUCAACUACGUGUUCGUGGAGUGUGAGCCAGGUAGCAGGAACCCUGGAGCCAAGGCGCAUGGCAUGUGCGAUCUUGUUUACCUCAUCUGCAAGCUCGUUCUCGUCAUUGUGCAACGCAGCUCAUGUAUCGAUAAUCAACUUAUUUCUCUGUUCGUCAUUCACCCGAUCCUGAUUUACACAUACACCCGAUACCAGCCGUAUUUCAAUGGCUACAUGAACAGCGUUCGAGUUGGGAUAUUCACUGCAACUCUUCUGUCCGCGAUUGUCAGCAUGGUCACCUAUAAAACCACAACGCCUGAGGGUAGCUCUUCUCCGCUACCGAUCAUCUUUCUCAUUCUUUCCAUACCUACCGGCCUUGUAAUUGGAUUUUGGCUAACCAAAGCCGUGCGCGAGCUUAUCGUCCGCCGGAUAAUGUACAACAUCAAAUUAAAAUUGGAAAUAGAGAGUGCCGACACCGAACGAGGAUGUCUGUCACCUGCUGCGACGUUAGCACCAUCAAACUUAAAGAGGAAGAAAUCUAUGUUCACGCCUGGCAUGAGUAUGUCGAUCGUGGCCACCGCAGUUGAAACAGAGAACAAGGGAAAGACUUGUCAUGAGGCGAGAGAAAGUGUAGACAGCAGUCCUAAAACUCCGAAAGCGUUGGCCGCCAUCCAGGAUUACAAGAGCGUAACAGCCCGCAAGAGCCUUCGACCGCCUGUUGUGUUCAAAUCUUGGUUAGAGGCUGACAUUGGCUGCAGGUUCCUCCGGGAAAGCGUCCGUGACGCGGCAUCUCUGGAGAUAAUGACAAUAGUGUUCAUGGAAGCGAUUGAGCAAUACCCAAAGCAUCCAGGUUUAGCACUCAAUUACGCAUAUUAUCUCUGGACCUUUGGUGAUGAUCCAAACACUGCCCAGUACUAUGUCGAAGCGGCGAAGGCUAAUUCCCCUUCUUUUGAUGUCCGGUUCAGGAUAUAUAUGGAGGAGAGAGAACACGAGCAAGAGUCUCGUGCGGAGGACCUUGCGACUAGCUCAUUCAAUGUAGCGAGUUACGUUGAAUAUCAGUCCAUGGAACGACAGGCUAUUGAGUCGCACCUGCGUUCACUGACCGCGAUGAAAUUAUUCUGGUCUUCAUUGGCUAGAGAGCAGCUGAAUGUAAAGACCUUCCCAGCCUAUCUCGAUGUCAUGUAUAACACUCAAUCGUCUGCAACAAUUUACUACGAAAAAUUAUUGGAGCGGUUUCCGAACUCAAAACAAAUAUUGCGGCUCUAUGCAAAAUAUCUCUUGACUGUGAAGAAUAACCAGGAGCUCGGUGUGCAACUGCUAACGCAAGCGGAAGAUAUUGAGUAUCGUGAACAGCAGGAAGCGCACGAGAGAGCCAUGCGUGUUAGAACGGUCGGCUCUGGACGACAGUCUGUUCAAAACUUGAGUCGGUUUAAGAGCAACUCCAUAAUGCAGGGAGAGCUUUCUGCAGCGAGUUCGGGUCCAUUACCCAUUGAGGAUGGCAAGCGUCAGGGACCAGGCGACCAGCAGAGUCAACGAGAGAGCUCCAAUGCUGAGGAUGGCCUAAGCAUGCAGGUACCUGGGACGAAAAUGGUGGAAACCGUGAGAAAACGGACCUUGCCAACAAUUGAAGACGUACCAAGUGGAAGUGACGUUUUCAAAUCAGACGAUAAGGAGUUGGAAAGACCCCCGCAAGGAGUUUUUGUGGAGUUUGCAGAGACUAGCUCUGACAUUAAUCGCCCACCAUCGCCCGAAUUGCCCGUCCAGUCAACCAUGUCUGUCGGGAGUAAGAUUGCGAACGAGAAUCCUCCUGUUCUUAAAGUGAGCCUUCAUCGAGCCAAAUCCCAGACGUCGUCCAACAACUCCAACAGGGACAGCCGUAGACAAAAGGCGAUAAGGACUCGUAUGAGGGAGAACAUGAUAUCUUCGGUCCGUAAAUGUACCUUGUACGGUAGGGUUUGGUUUUUGCUGUUACUGGGAUUGUUGAUUGGCAAUUACCAUGAAUCGAGCGGCAUGUUUAAUGCCCCCACCACGUUUCUGUCAACACUUCGGGAGAACACCAAAGCUCGACGCUCUUGCACUACAGCAGCCCUUGCGAUUCGUGGGUUGUGGGUUGCGGGAAAAUUAGGCGAUCAUGCCAAAUGGAACGAGUCGACUCACAAGUUGGUUGCGGAAGUGCAGCGGGCACACACCCUGAUUAUUCCCACCUUUUACCAGACUGCGGCGUUUGAAGUCGAAAAUGCAGUCAUCGUCAGAUAUUCGAAGAGCGAGUGGGGUUCACCUGGAACUGUAAUGCACCUCAACCCAUACGAGCUCAUAUUAUUGACGACAUCUAGCGCAGAGGCGAUCCUCAGGCAUAAAUGGGAGGACUUUUUGGACUAUGCCAGAAUGGAGCAAGAUGUUGAAAUUCGGAUGUGGUUUGAUAAUACUUUGAAGAUGUGUGACUCCUUUGAUUGGUUUGCCACAAAAGCUCUCAACGAUUACCUGGACGGAUCCACAAACCGGAGCCAAAUUGUCGUAGCCCUUCUUAUUAUCGUAAUUGUGGUCUUGUUACUUGCGGCAGGAAUUUUCUACGUAACUCUUCGACAAGCUGCCGCGAAACAUAAGGUCGUCAUUGAUGUGCUAAAAAACAUUCCAAAGUCGUCUCGUCACAAAAUCGUUGAUAACCUUGAAGAGGAGAUUGAAGAACUUCUGGAGUUGGAGGACACCCAGGAUCGGAAGCAAGUCGGUAUUACACGCGAUAUAGAGACAAGCGUAUCGAAGUGGUUGAUUGUGAAGUACACCUGGUCAUAUAUUGCGGCAGUGUCUGUAUUGGCAUGUCUGGCGGUCUCGCUAUUCAUUCCACCGAUGCUUUCAGGUUCACAUACGGAUAACACGGCCUUUAUGAUCUUAGCGUCAAAUAGCAGGAGAUACGAAUCACAGACCAUCAACUAUUUGGCUCAUGAACUAGCUGCUGCAGAUAGCCACACCUGGGCUCCGUACCAAGUACAGCUCCUGACCGAGAUCAGAAUUGACAUGCUAGAGCGCCUGCACCAUGAUGUCUUGAACGGAGCAGGGAAGACGCCAUCCUUGAACACCAUUCCUGAAGUGGAUGGUCUAACAAGGAUCGGUGGAAUGUGCCUGAGGGAUUCCGGCUGUCAGGACAUAGCCUACAAUGCUACCAUUGGCUUCACCCAGGAUUUCAUAUAUUCCGGUGCCAAUAACAUACUUACUACCUUGUUUGAUCGGGCAAGGCACUUCGUAGCUACGGGAGAUUACUCCCGUGACAAUCCCGACCUUCUCCUUAUGGAAAACAUUGAAGUCGAUAUUGCCGACGGUCUUAAAGCUGUCGAUGAACUCUUAUUGACAGUCGCUAAAGCGGUCAGUAAUCAUUACAUGCAAGUCGUCAACAUCCUGUUUUCUGUGACGAUCGUGUACUAUGUGCUGUUCUAUACAUACUUCUUCUGGAUGAUCAUCCGUGCGGUGCAGGCACAGAUUCGACAAAUGGUUGCCGUCAUAUUCUGGGUCCCGAGCGAUAUACUGUCGGAAUGCCCGCAAAUGCAAAGCUUUAUUAACUUGGGAGGUAUAGCACAGGCUGCUGAAAUGGAUAAGAAAACUCGUUAGAAUGAGUCGUUGAUCAACCGAAUGAUGGUGAAAAGAUAGGAAGCGGGAAUGAAGGGCAAAUAGGACGAAGUCAGCAUAAGAGAAUAUAUCCUUUUACAUUCUUUUUUAAAUAAACAAGCCCCG